GGCCCCGCGGCGCAGGCGCCAUGGAGUCGGUCUUCGUGACGGUGGGGACCACCAGCUUCGACGAGCUCGUCGGCCUCCUGUCCGCCGGCCCGGCCGUGCGGACGAUUAAGGAUCUGGGCUGCAGGCGGCUCGUCUUGCAGAUUGGGAGAGGAACAGUGGCCCCCAAGCCCUUCACUUCAGCUGAGUUUACCCUGGAGGUUUACAGGUACAAGGACUCGUUGAAAGAAGACAUUCAGAAAGCCGAUCUUGUCAUUAGUCACGCAGGUGCAGGGAGCUGUUUGGAGACCCUUGAGGCGAAGAAGCCUUUAGUGGUGGUUAUAAAUGAAAAGUUGAUGAACAACCACCAGUUGGAACUGGCCCAAAAACUGCACCAAGAAGGGCAUCUCUUCUACUGCACUUGCAGCACACUUCUCGAGACGCUGAAGACAAUGGACCCGUCAACUCUGAAGAGUUUCCCCGCUGGCCAGCUGGAAAAGUUUUCUGCCUUUCUGGAUGAGGUGGUUGGAUUUCAGAAAUGAACACAAAUCCCUCAGCUUUCAAGAGCUCAUCUUCGAAGACACCUGUGUGAUAGCACCCAUAUCUGUAUAUAUGUUUAACUGUGUGGAUAAAAUGUAAGCAAACUUUA